GGAAUUCGGAUCCGACUGUUGAGUGUUGAGUGAUCAGUGAACACAACGUAGUGAGAUAGAGCUGUGCAUACUGUAACAUAUUUUUCUCACACGAAGGGUUGAUGUCACUGAUUUGUAUUUAUGUGAAAUCAUUGAAAACAAAGCAGGCUUACUUGAAGGAGAAUUGCUGCGACCUGUGGAUGGCGAGGACCCCGAUGACCCCAACACUGAGUCUAGGUAAGUGAAACAUGUCUGGAAAAGUUGACAUGAAGGUGGUUAUGCUUGGGCAAGCUGCAUGUGGCAAGACCAGCCUUGUUGAACGCUUCAUCUAUAAUCGUUUCAACACUAACUACCAGACUACUAUAGGAGCAGCAUUUGGAGCCCGCAACAUGGCUGUGCAAGGAAAGCAGAUCUGUGUUGGCUUAUGGGACACAGCUGGCAGUGAGCGAUAUGAAGCAAUGAGUCGUAUAUAUUACAGGGAUGCAAAGGCUGCUGUCAUUUGUUAUGAUAUAACAAAUGCAGAAAGUGCUGAUCGUGCAAAAUUCUGGGUGUCAGAAGUGCAGAAGCAUGAGGAAGAUUGUAAGAUUUAUCUUUGCGGCACAAAACUUGAUUUGGCAAUGGAUAAACCUCAGGAACGACAGGUUGACUUUCAUGAUCUUUCUGAUUAUGCUGAAGAGGUUGGUGCAAAGGUAAUAGAAACAUCAAGCAAAACUGGGAACAAUGUUGAGAAGUUGUUCAAUUGUGUUGUUGAAGAUUUUGCAGUUACAAAUGCAGAUGUCAUGGCCACACUGGAAAACUCAACCAUCACUCUACAUAACAACAAGAAGAAAAAAGGGUGUUGUUGAUUCAUAACAGAAUAUAGCUGUGAUAACUUUAAUAUGUGGUUAAUGUACAGUAUAGUUACUUACACUUUUAUUUUUAUGUACAGGUUGACAUAUGUUCAUUCAUCAACAGUGAUGUUGAAUGAUGAUAAUAAAAGUAUACUUUGUAUAUGUGAAUGGUACAAAUGACUUAUAUUCUUGAGGUUGUACUGUAUAGAUAAUUUAAUUUCAAAAAAGUUGUACAGUAAUGGCCAGCAUAACAUCUUUGGUUGUGCAAAAUUAGUUAAAAUUUUAGGACUGGUUCUAGUCAGACACAAGCCUACUUGUGGUAAAUAUCAUGCUGAUAUUAUCAUCUAUGUGAUGAGUUGUAUGUGUAUGGGCCUCUUAUGAACACCUACCCACUGUGCUAGCCACGUGGUUUACUGCUGGUGUAAUACACUUCUCUUGAUAAAGAUGUGCAUGUGUAUUUCUACUGGUUAUUGAGAAUAUCUUCUUCAUUCCAUUACUACAAGGAUAAUUUCAUAAUUAUUUUCCGUGGUACAAAAAUUUUUCAUUUUUAAUUAAAAAGACAGUGACUAUAGUGCAUUUUUUCUCAGCUGAGAAAAGAUGCCCUGCCCCUUCUCAAGAAUUACAGCUGAUUGGCAGUUUCAAACCUGU